UAAUUGAAUCAUUCUUAUGCCAGUGUGCUUGCAUAUAAAUAAACCCCCCUAAUUCCUCAUAAUGCAUUCCUAAUUAAUAAGUUAACUCGCCACUCCCAGCAUACGUUAUUAGUCAUGCAGAGCCCAAACAGCAAACAUAAUGUUCACAAGCCUGUGAAGAAUAAUUCACAAUCCGCAGUUACUCAAACCAGUACCCCUAGAAUGGGGAAAUCAGCUACACCUCAACAAACUAACAAAAAUUAUUUUGGGGUUGUUCAAAAGCAUGUCACAAAAGAAAAUACUAAACCAGUGGAUUUCAGACUCCACACUCAGCAAAGAGCUGUCAGUCGCGCAAUCUAUAACUAUACUGUUGCCACUAAGGUAUAUCUCCUGGAGCGACAAAAGAAACAAAUUGAGAAAGUGCAGAAGAUGAUCGAAGAAGAAGAAGUUAAGAUGUUGAGAAAAGAGAUGGUACCUAAAGCUCAGUUGAUGCCGCGAUUCAACAAACCUUUUUACCCACAGAGAUCAACGAGGCCUUUGACAAUUCCAAAGGAACCAAGUAUGAUGAGUGACAAAUGCUCUAGUCGAUUCUCCUUCUACAAUCUUUUCAGCCUUCGAUACAAUGAAGCACAUUAAGUUGGUUGUGCAUGGUUCAUCAAGAAAGCUGAUUUUGGCUCCAUUUUUUUGCCACUAUAUUGCAUGCAUGUUCUAUGUCACUCUGUAAUAUAGAUUUUUCUGCAAUGUAAAUGUUUAGUGGCUGCUAGGACUUGGCAUUAUAAAUAAAGUGAUUGAUGUUCAUUGUAACUACAGCGCCUUCUUAAUCAUUCUAUUUAUAGGCAGACCUCUUAAUCAAGCAAUUAUAUAU